AUGACGCAGGAGGCGCCCGUCGCGAUGACUGAGGAGAUCCCAAUGACGGAACCGCUCGUGCAAGUCGUCGACGAAGACGAGGACGAGGACGUCGUCGUCGUCCGUCGCAAGCGCGCGAGGCCGGUCGAAAAGGGCGCCUCAGAUCCGGCGAACGACGACGACGUCUCCCCGCGCGGUCCGUUCGACGCGAGCCAGCAAGAAAGCCCGCCGAAGUCGUCCGACGACGAAGGCGCGGACGCGAACGGCAUCAAGCUCCCGGGGAAGAAGAAGCUCAAGCUGAGGACGAAAGCGAAAGCGGAGGAAGCGGAGCUCAUGGCGGACGACGAAGACGAAGACGCCGAACCCGCGAUGGAGGACGACGACGGCGAAGACUUUUACUACGACGAGGACGACGAGGAAGGGAUGAUGGAGAAGCGCCUCGCGGAGAACGGAACUCUGAGCGACGACGAAGGCGCGGGUGUCAAGGGGGACGUCUCCGAGUCCGACGAGAGCGACUUCAACGACAGCGAAGACGAGUUUGAAGACGCCGCGGAGAAGUUGCGCGAGAUGGCGAAAGCGCGCGCCGCCGCCAACGCGUCCGGGCCGCCGCCGGAGAACGAGACCGAGGAAGAGCUCGCGGCGAGGAUGGCGCGCGAGAAAGAAGAGACGAAGAAAGUUCAGGAGGAGAUCAUGAAAGAGGCGGGGAAGCGCGUGCGUCUGACUGGGUAUCACGUCGCCCCCGACCGGGACCCCUUCGCGUAUCGGAAGAUCAUCGCGAUCAUCCGCGAGAAAGUCGCGGCUCUGAACCUGCCGCCGCCGCCGCCGGACCCGGUCGUGAGCGAGUCCGAGGACGACGAGAACGACGGCGAGGAAGUAUCCGACGACGACCUCGACGACGACGAAGAAGCCGAGGACGACUCCCAGGCUGGGGACGAACGCGAGGAGGAGAAGGAGAAGGAGGAGGAGGAGAUGAUGGAGCUCGAGGUGGACGACGACGUCGACGGGUUGACGCUGGACGACGAGAACGUGAAGAACGAACUCCUCGCGAUCCUCGCGGAGGUCAAGGCGAACGCCGCGGCGAAGAAGCCCGUGGAGGAGCCGAAGGCAAAGACGGUGGACUUCGACGACGAAGAGACGAUCGCCGCGGAGAGAGCGGCGCAGCAGCUCGCGGCGCAGCUGGACGAGGCGAAAGAACUCGGCGGCGGCGACGGCGAGGACGCGGAAGACGACGAGGACUCGGAGGACGACCUCAGCGAAGAAGAAGCGUUCGUGGACAUGACUCGCAAGGAACGCCAGCGGCAGCUCAAGAAGGCAAAGGCGUUCUUCAAAGCGGACGCGAAGGCGAACAAAAGACGCGAGGGGGGCGCGUUCGAGGACGAGGCGGAGAUGUCCGACGACGGCGGCCACACCGACGACGAAGAGCAGGUCGAGGUCGAGGAGCUCGGCGAGGAGAACGAGCGGGUUAUCCGACGCAAGGUGGCGUCUAGGAACGACGGUCUGCUCGAUCGCGAUGAGCUCGAGGAGAUGGUGGAUUACAUCGACUUCAACGACACCGCGGACGACGACGAACGGCGCGCGGCGAAACGCGCCGCCGCGCACGCUCGGUUCGAAGAAGAGAAGGACGAGGAGGAUCUUCGCAAGAUGAAAGAGGCGCUCAAGAACGGGUUCCGACGACCGAACCGGAACAACGGGUACGAUGCGGACGGCCCGGAUUAUUGGCAGCGACGACGGAAAGCGAACGGGGAGUCCGAGAGCGACGACGAAGACCUCGGGAUCGACGUCCCCGACCGCGCGUGGGAAGCCGUGGAGCUGUCCGACGACGACGACGGCGAAUGGGCGGAACGCGCGGAGCGACGCAAGAAGGCUGCCGCCGCCGCGGAGGCGGCGAAGAAGCUCGCCGCGAACGACGACUCGAACGCGAACGCGGGCGACGGGGACUCGCAGCUGCCGUCCGCGCGCGACUUUGCGUCGCAAGACUUCUCCGCGAUGCUCGACGCCGGAAGAGCGCGACGGAACAACCGCGUGCGGCGAGGCACGUCCGCCGCGGCCGCGGCGAUGGAUAACGGCGCCGGGGCGUUCUCUCAGCCCGCGCCGGUCAAGGCACUCGGAAGGGUCAACAGCGCCCCCGGAAGGGUCGCCCCCGCGCCGCUUCUCGAGCGCGGCGGGUCGAUGUCGUUCCUCGGCCGCGGAAGCGGGUCGAACCACAGCGCCGGUGGGCUCGCGCGGUCUGUAUCCCUCGGGAACGGCGGCGCGUCGCGGUCGUUCGUGUUCGGCGGCGGCGGAGACUCACAGAGCAUGUGGGAGAAGGACGCGGAGGAGCAAGGCACGAUGGCCGCGCCGGCGAACUUCGCGGAGCUCGGUUCGAACGAGAACGCGAGGUUCGGGUGGGCGCCGCGAGAGGCGAUGUCCAAGCACCCCGCGGCGGCCGGGAAAUCAAACGGCGCGUCCACCGCGGCGGCGCCGUCCAGGCUCGGCACCGGCGGCGCGUCCACGAAGCCGGGUAAGAGCUUGUUCAGCAUGCUGCAAGAUUCCCAGGACUGGGACGACGUCUUGGGCAAGAGCGACUCGCUCACCGAGGGGGUCAAGGCGGCGGCGAACAUCAAGCUUCGCCCGGCGGCGCCGCGGUGA